AUGCCAUCGCCUACUCCUGGCUUCAACGAUGUUAUCAUUGUCGGCGCAGGGCCAUCUGGACUCCUGCUAGCUCUGAUGCUCGCUCAGAGUUCAAUCCCUGUUACCCUUCUCGAUAUGAAGAGCGACCUGGACAAGAACCCACGGGCGACGCACUAUCCUGCACCUUCGAUGCAUGAGCUCAACCGCGCUGGCGUCGGCGAUGACCUCCGUGAGCGAGGACUCAUGCCAGCUGGCGUCACCUGGCGUAAGCUGGAUGGCACGCCCAUAGUGACGUUGGAUGCCGGGAGUGUGUCUCACGACCCUGACCGCAUGGUCUGUCUGCCAUUGGAUCAACUCGGUGAAAUUCUCAGAAAGCAUCUCCUCAAGCACCAAAACGUCAAUAUUCUAUUUAACUACAAGGUGUACUACGACUUUGACCAGUUCAAAUGGAAUGACUCGAAUUUUAUUGUGCACCCCGAGCACUACUACAUGGCGGCCAAGAUCACAAAAGAUGGGAUGUGGCGAGUGAGUUACGGCGAGCUUCCCGGCCUCACAUUUGAGCAACUACGGGAGCGUCAGCCUGCCAAGUUCAGAGACAUGCUGCCCGGUCAUCCGAGUCCGUCCGACUAUAAGCUCGUCAACUUUAGCCCUUACAAGGUCCACCAACGCUUGGUCACCUCUAUGCGUCAAGGGCGAUUUCUGCUCGCAGCCGAUGCCGCGCAUCUCUGCAACCCUUUUGGCGGCCUGGGCCUUACUGGAGGGAUCGUCGAUGUUGGUGGGCUCUAUGACUGCCUCCGAGGCAUCUACGAGCACAAGGCCGAUACAACGAUUCUGGAUAAAUACAACGAGAUCAGGAGACAAAAGUGGCUGGAUGUCAUUGACGUAGUUUCGAGUUCCAACUUGCGCAGGUUGUUCGAGUUGGAUCCUGAACGAGCUCUCGAGACGGAUAGCUUCUUCCAGAUGCUCAAGAAAGCCGAGACUGAUCCAGCGUGCUCCCAAGAGCUCCAAAAUGCAGUCAAAGCCAUCCAGCAUGAUUUUACUCAGUACUACAAGUAG